AUGGAUGAGUCCUGGAGCAGCCAGGGUCGGCUCAGGAGGAUUCGGGUCUCCAGCCGCAGGGCAGUGUGCGGGGCUGGGCCGGGCGCUGCGCAUCCCGGUCCGAGCACCCACGGCCCCGAGGGACAGACGUGUCCCCAGCUGCCACUGGUCCCAUGCGUGGGAGGAGGGAAUGGCCCGCUCUGCCCUUCCCGUAGCCAGGCGGGCAGGCUGUACCCCUUCGGCGGGUCCCCGGGAGCCGCAGUCUGCGCUGGGGACCGGAGCAUGGUGCUCGCCUUCGCCCUCCGCCUCCUCGGCAGCUCCGCUUUGCUCCUGGCCACCGCGGCUGCGGCUCGAGCUACUCAAUGCCUGUUCCCACGCAUCCAGUAUGGGAAGAGAGUAUCCGUUGCUCGCUAUAUCUACAGGACCGGGGACACCGUAAGCUUUGUGUGCAACGCAGGGUACACCUUGCAGGGCUCCCGCACAAGCACAUGCCAAGCUGACUUCAGAUGGAACCCACCUCUGCCAGUGUGCAAAAAGGGCAAGUAGGUGACAUGUCCUCGGGUACCAAACAUCGCUAACGGGCUGCACAGCGGACAGUCCUUGACCAAGUUUUCCGUGGGAGUGACUGUGUACUACAGCUGCAAGGAUGGCUACGCGCUGGUGGGGAACGUGUCCAUCAACUGCACGGAGACCGGGGUGUGGAGCAGGCCCCUGCCGCGCUGCGAAGCAAUCGGCUGUGAGAUACCCAAGGUGCAGAACGGGAAGGUCCAUGGGCUGCAGAGCACCUACAAAGCUGGACAGACUCUUCGCUUUGACUGCGACACCGGUUACGCCGCAGAGGACACCUACGAGACUCAGUGCCAGCCGGGGGGGAUCUGGGAUCCGCCGGUGCUCAUCUGCGAGAAGGUCCAACCAUGUCCCAUGCCUCCAGAAGUCCGCAAUGGAAAUCACAAUGGCCAGGGCAAAGCAUUUUUUACCAUGGGAAUGUCUGUAACGUACACCUGCGAUCCCGGCUACUACCUGGUUGGAAAUGCCGUUGUGUUUUGCAAAGCAUCAGGGAGAUGGAGCCAGCCCAUCCCUCGCUGUGAAGAGGUGACAUGUCCUCAGCCACCAAACAUCGCUAACGGGCUGCACAGCGGACAGUCCUUGACCAAGUUUUCCGUGGGAGUGACCGUGUACUACAGCUGCAAGGAUGGCUACGCGCUGGUGGGGAACGUGUCCAUCAACUGCACGGAGACCGGGGUGUGGAGCAGGCCCCUGCCGCGCUGCGAAGCAAUCGGCUGUGAGAUACCCAAGGUGCAGAACGGGAAGGUCCAUGGGCUGCAGAGCACCUACAAAGCUGGACAGACUCUUCGCUUUGACUGCGACACCGGUUACGCCGCAGAGGACACCUACGAGACUCAGUGCCAGCCGGGGGGGAUCUGGGAUCCGCCGGUGCUCAUCUGCGAGAAGGUCCAACCAUGUCCCAUGCCUCCAGAAGUCCGCAAUGGAAAUCACAAUGGCCAGGGCAAAGCAUUUUUUACCAUGGGAACGUCUGUAACGUACACCUGCGAUCCCGGCUACUACCUGGUUGGAAAUGCCGUUGUGUUUUGCAAAGCAUCAGGGAGAUGGAGCCAGCCCGGCCCUCGCUGUGAAGUGACUGUCUGCAUAAAUCCAGAUAUAGAGAAUGGAUGGCAAGUUGGUGGUCAGGGACUUAUCUCCGCUCCUGGACAAACGGUGACAUUUCAGUGUCACACUGGUUACAGCCUGCAAGGCAGUGCUAAAAUCUUCUGCCAGGAGGAUGGCAGCUGGCACCCUCCUGUUCCCAUCUGCAAUAGACUGUACCAUUACCAGGAGUUCUCAAACAGGCCUGGACUUCCAGGUGGUUGUGGUGCUCCUACAAGGUUACACUUUGCUGAGCUAAACGAGGAGCAUAAAAAUGAGAUUGAUUUUUCUGUUGGGAAGACUGUGCAAUACACUUGCCGACCUGGAUACACUAAACACCCAGGAAUGUCACCUACUAUUACAUGCCUUGAGAGCGGAGUGUGGUCAGAAGCACUAGAGUUCUGUAAAAGGAAACAAUGCAAUCAUCCUGGUGAACCUGUGAAUGGGAAAAUUAUUUUCCUAACAGAUCUCCUGUUUGGGUCAACAGUGCUCUACAGCUGUGAAGAAGGGCACAGGUUAAUUGGACAAUCCAGCAGACGAUGUGAGAUCUCUGGUGGACAUGUUGCAUGGAGUGGUGACAUUCCCACUUGUCAGCGUAUCCCUUGUAAGCCGCCUCCGGACAUUCCCAAUGGGAAGCACACGGGCAGGCUGCUGGAUGAAUUCUACUUUGGCACAUCUGUAACAUACACCUGCAACCGCGGGUACCCGCUCCAUGGAGAGCCCUCCAUCUACUGCACCACCUGGGAUGGGAAGAACGGCGAGUGGAGCGGGCCCCCCCCGCAGUGCGGAGAGGCAAGAUGUCCUGUCCCGCAGGUCCAGAAUGGGAGAAUAGUGUCUCCUAGGGCUGCUUACACACACAAGGACACCAUUGCCUUUGAGUGUGAACCAGGCUAUGUUCUACACGGCCACGGAGUGGUACAAUGCCAACUAAAUAACACCUGGGAGCCACCCGUGCCAGUCUGCGAGCAGGCUGGCUGCAAUGCACCUACCAGACUGGUGUUUGCUGAGCUGAAGAAGCCGUACAGCAACCAGACCGUCUUUCCCGUGGGGAGCACGGUGGAAUACGUGUGCCGGCCUGGGUAUGCCCAGCACCUGGGAAUGUCACCAGCCAUCACGUGCCUUAGGAAUCGGACAUGGUCUGGGGCGCUGGAGUUUUGUAAAAGGAAACAAUGUGCUAACCCAGGGGAUCUGGAGAACGGCAGAGCUGUUGUCCUGACGGACCUCCUCUUCGGGUCCAAAGUUAAUUACACUUGUGACAAAGGGUACAAGUUGAUUGGAGGCUCUCAGAGAACAUGUGAGAUCUCUGGCACACGUGUCUCGUGGAGUGGAGAUGCUCCUGUCUGCCAGCGUAUCGCCUGCGAUCCGCCGCCGGACAUCCCCCACGGGAGACACAGCGGGCAACUGAUGGACACCUUCUCCUACGCGGAUGUGGUCACCUACACCUGCGACGCUGGUCACCCGCUGGCCGGAGAGCCCUCCAUCUUCUGCACCACGGCGGACGGGGAGCACGGCGUGUGGAGCGGGCCGCCGCCGCGGUGCGGAGAGGUGAAGUGUCCUCCCCCUCCAGCCAUUGCCAAUGGGAAGCACAGCGGCCAGCCCUCGGACACCCACCUUCCAGGCACGGCUGUGCAGUACACCUGCUGGGACGGCUACUCCCUCAUCGGGAACGCCUCCAUUAGCUGUACCGCUGCGGGAACGUGGAGCCGGCCCCGGCCCCGAUGUGAAGCAACCGGCUGCAAAAGACCAGAGAUCGAGAACGGAAGAACGACCGGACUGGAGACCGUGUACAGACUCGCAGACACCAUUGUCUUCGAAUGCAAUUUUGGUUACGCCUUGAAGGGCUCUCAAGAGUCUCAGUGCCAGUUUGGGGGCACGUGGGACCCUCCUGUCCCCAUCUGUGAAAAGAUGCUACAGUGUCCUUCCCCUCCAAAUAUUAAAAAUGGCCAGUAUGAGGACAAGGAUGUGAAAGUGUUCAUCCCUGGAGUAUCAGUGAAGUACUACUGUGACCUGGGGUACGUCCUCACUGGGAAAACAACAGUUUCUUGUUUGACAUCUGGAACCUGGAGCCUCCCUUACCCCCGGUGCGAAGUGAUCACCUGCAUAAGCCCCAACAUCCAAAACGGAGAAGUGGCCGAAGGACGGAGCGCUGCGUACCGUCCCGGGGCCAACGUCACCUUCCAGUGCCACCCGGACCACGUGCUGUGGGGCAGCCGCGAAGCCAAGUGCCAGCCCGAUGGCCGCUGGGCGCCUGCUGUCCCCACCUGCGAGCCAGCGCUGCCAUGUCCUCCACCUCCCGUCAUCGCCCACGCCACGCACAGCGCGGAGCUCGGGGCAAACUUCACCAGCGGCAUGUCCGUGAGCUACAGCUGCCAGCCCGGCUUCUCCCUCCUCGGAGACCCCUCUGUCUCGUGCACGGCCUCGGGGAACUGGAGCCUCCCGUACCCACGCUGCGCAGCUGGCUGUGGGACACCAACAAUAUUAUCGUUUGCUGAGCUAAACAAGGAGUAUAAAAAUCAGACUGCGUUUCCUGUUGGGAAGACUGUGAAAUACACUUGUCAGCCUGGAUACGUGAAACAUCCACAGAUAUCACCAACUAUUACGUGUCUUGAAAAUCAAACGUGGUCUGAAGCCCAGGAGUUUUGCAAACGGAGAAGGUGUGAUCAUCCAGGAGAACCGGAGAACGGCAGAGUUAUCGUUACAACAGACCUCUUCUUCGGGUCAACAGUGAAUUACACCUGCAAUGAAGGGCACAGGCUGGUUGGAGCGUCCCAGCGGCAAUGUGUGAUUUCGAGCUCUGGGCCGCGGGUGAGGUGGAGUGGUGAUGUUCCCGUCUGUCAGAGUAUCGCCUGCGAUCCGCCGCCGGACAUCCCCCACGGGAGACACAGCGGGCAACUGAUGGACACCUUCUCCUACGCGGAUGUGGUCACCUACACCUGCGACGCUGGUCACCCGCUGGCCGGAGAGCCCUCCAUCUUCUGCACCACGGCGGACGGGGAGCACGGCGUGUGGAGCGGGCCGCCGCCGCGGUGCGGAGUGUCGCAGUGCUCUCACCCUCCAGCCAUUGCCAAUGGAAAGCACAGUGGCCAAGCCACGGCAGUUUUCAUCAGCGGCAUGUCUGUGAGCUACACCUGUGAUCCUGGCUACGUUCUUGUUGGAGAGGCACAGCUUAAUUGUACUUCUUCCGGAGCUUGGAGCGUCCCUGCCCCUUGGUGUGAAGGGCGGCUGUGUCCCUCCCCAUUGGAGAUUGAACAUGGCCAGCAUGAUGGCAAGGAUGUGAAAAUGUUCAUCCCUGGAAAGUCUGUAAAUUACAGCUGUGACCCCGGCUAUUCUCUUAUUGGAAAAACAACUCUAUACUGUACAGUCAAUGGAACCUGGAGCCUCCCUUACCCCUGGUGCGAAGUGAUCACCUGCAUAAGCCCCAACAUCCAAAACGGAGAAGUGGCCGAAGGACGGAGCGCUGCGUACCGUCCCGGGGCCAACGUCACCUUCCAGUGCCACCCGGGCCACGUGCUGUGGGGCAGCCGCGAAGCCAAGUGCCAGCCCGAUGGCCGCUGGGCGCCUGCUGUCCCCACCUGCGAGCCAGCGCUGCCAUGUCCUCCACCUCCCGUCAUCGCCCACGCCACGCACAGCGCAGAGCUCGGGGCAAACUUCACCAGCGGCAUGUCCGUGAGCUACAGCUGCCAGCCCGGCUUCUCCCUCCUCGGAGACCCCUCUGUCUCGUGCACGGCCUCGGGGAACUGGAGCCUCCCGUACCCACGCUGCGCAGUGCUGCAAUGUCCUUCACCUCCCAAUAUUGAGAAAGGAAAUCACAACAGCCAGGACUUGGAAGUUUUCACUACUGGCAUGGUCGUAAAUUACAGCUGUGACCCUGGCUACAGCCUCCUUGGAGAGGCAUCGAUUCACUGCACCGACUCUGGAAACUGGAGCCUCCCUCUUCCUCGCUGUGCAGGUGGCUGUGGUGCACCUCCAAACUUAACCUUCGCUAAGCUAACUGAGGAAUACAAAAAUCUGAGAGAGUUUCCUGUUGGAGACACUGUGCGAUACAGCUGCCAGCCGGGAUACAUGAGACACCCCGGAGUACCCCCAACUCUGACAUGCCUCAAAAACCACACGUGGUCUGAAGCGCUAGAGUUCUGUAAAAGGAAGCAAUGUAAAUACCCAGAAACACCAAAGAAUGGCAGAGUUGUUGUUCUGACAGAUCUCCUUUUUGGGUCAACUGUGAGACACACGUGUGAAGAAGGGCACCGGCUGGUUGGACAUUCUCAUAGGCGAUGUGAGAUUUUUGGACCAGAUGUUGCAUGGAGUGGUGUUCUUCCCAUCUGUCAGAAGGUGGUAUGUCCAGUCCCACAGAUCCAGAAUGGGGGAGUAUCUGUUCUUAAAUAUCGCUACACAUACAAAGAUACUGUAAGCUUUAAGUGCCAUAAAGGUUUCACCUUGCGAGGCCAUCGCACAGCCCAGUGCCAAGCUGAUAAAACGUGGGAUCCACCUGUACCAGUCUGUGAGCAGGUGAAGUGUCUGCCUCCUCCAAGCAUUGCUAACGGCGAACACAGCAGUCAUUUCUCAGACACUUUUGAUGUAGGAGCACUUGUGCACUACCGCUGCAAACAUGGCUUCUCCCUCAUUGGCAAUAAGACUGUUCAUUGUACAAUAUAUGGAGUCUGGAGCCAUCCCCUUCCUCGGUGUGAAGUUGGCUGUGUGAGCCCAAGAGUUGGGAAUGGAAAAGCAAUCAGGUUGGAGUCCCUCUAUAGGCCUGGAGACAUCAUUACAAUGGAAUGCAACACUGCUGUUGUCCCAAAAGACAAUCCCAGUGCCAGCUUGGGGGGCACAUGGGAUCCUCCACGCCUCAGCUGUGAUUUAGUGCUGCACUGCUCCAAGCCUGCAGAGAUCGCCCACGGGUCUCUCAGUAGCGCAGCAAAAGUGGUUUUCACUCCUGGAACAUCUGUAAGCUACAUCUGUGAGCCCGGCUUCUCUCACAUUGGGACAGCAUCCAUUUAUUGCACACAAUCUGGAGCCUGGAGCCAUCCUCCUCCGGUCUGUCAAGCUGUGAAGUGUCUCCAUCCUCCAAACAUCACCAAUGGGAAGCUCAAAGGGAACAUCUCUGACACUUUUUCCUAUGGAGCAUCUGUGUCCUACAGCUGCAAUCCUGGUUAUUCACUCGUUGGGAAUGCUUUCAUCAACUGCACGGUGUCAGGAACCUGGAGCCAGCCUCAUCCUCAGUGCAAAGAGAUCAGAUGUGUAUUCCCAGAAGUUCAGGGUGUUAAGAAAGCCAUAAAAGGAAAUACUUAUCGCUCUGGGACUAACAUCACUCUUGAAUGUGAAAGUGGUUACACUUUGGAAGGCAUCAGUCAGAUUCAGUGCCAAGAGGACUUCAGCUGGGACCCCCCUGUACCAGCCUGUAAACUGACAUCGCACAAGUCUGGUUCAGUAGGCCUAGGAGUCGCAGCUGCAGGAGUCCUGCUUCUCCUGGGGGCAGGCAUUGUCUGGAAAAUUAUUUCUAAGCAGAAGCAAGGCUAUUAUCAUACGUAUGAAAACUACAGUUACCAAAGCCCUCUGAAUGAGAUUAUGGAACAGAAAUGUUCAUGUGUUCCAUAGAAGGCUGAGCAUCCGUGCUGCCGCUCACCGGGCAUUAAACUCGUUCUCCGCACAGAGCGGCUGCAGGUUGCAUGGAAGUGUUGCUCGCAUCGAGACUGAAAUUCUGUGGUGAAAAAGGCACUUUAGGAUCAACGUUAAUGCUCCUCCUGCUCCCACUAGUUACUGUAAGGAUCUAACAAACGGCCCACAGUACAGGCGCCGUUCCAGACGGACUUCUGUGCACUGCUGCUGUCUGAUGAAGGAUGUUUCCCGUCACGAUCUGCAAACCCUGUUACCACAAGACCCACCAGGGCGUUCCUGCGCCUGUGUGGAAGUCACAGUUUGUCAAACAAAAGAUUGUCUUAAUGGCAAGCGUAUUCACAUCUGUCUUUUUCUUCCAGGAACGCUGCUUUGUGGUGUUCCUCUACGAACGCUUCACCCAAUAAAAGCUGAACGUGGG